AUGAGCAAUUUACAAGUUCCAACUAAUAGUGGAGAACGACAAGGUUCUCUAAUUGACACGAUUAAAACCCUUAACUUGGAUAAUAUACAACAUGAUAUACGUCGUAACUUUGCACAAGUAGAUCCGAGGCUACCUAAAGAAAUAAGAAAUAUUUCACUUUUAGUGACGGAAGAAAAAAACGUUUUAACAAGUUUGCAACAUGUUUCAGCGGAAAGAAAAGAAGCAAGUAAACUUCUUCAUGUGUGGGGAAAAGAUGCUGGUGAUGACCUUUCCGAUAUUACUGAAAAAUUAAGUGACUUAUUUUCAAAAAUUGCAGAUGUCGAAACUGUGAUGAUUGAAAAAACUGGACAUUACCGUAAACUGCUUAAAAAUAUCCGUGAGGUAGAAGAAAAAUUAAUCCCUCAUAGAGAAAAAAGACGUAAAAUUCAAGAAGAAAUUCAAAAAAUUAAAAAAUCUCAUCCAAAAUCACCACGUAUUCCAGAACUCGAAGCAGAUCUUGCAUAUGUAAAUAAAGAAGCUGUAAAUGAUGAAAUAGAGGCUGGAAAUGUGAUUAGGAAACAUUUAAAGGAUGCGUUAACAUUACGUCUUGAUUCUAUGUUUGAAUGCUCGGAAAAAAUUGCAAUUGUUACUGGUUUUGGAUUGAACAUUGUUAAUCUAAUUGAUACUACUCCAUGCAAAGUUGGUGAGAAAAGACCAGAAUAUACAGAUUGUCAAGUCUCCUUACUUCGUUGGCAACCAUCAUCUCAAGACAUUCAUGCACUUUUGCCUGCUUUAACCAACACCGCUCCUGCGGCGUUGGCUGCUCAAAAAGAAGAAUAUGAACAAAAGCUCCAUCAACUUACUAAUUCAAUGAAUGUUUUGAAAGAGGAGCAUGAUAAACAAAUUAGUGAAUUUUCUAGUAAAUCGGAAAAUCAGAAACAUGAAUACGAGGCGCAAAUCAACGAUCUUGUUGCAUCUUUAGCUGCUCAAAAAGAAGGUUAUGAGGCACAACUUAACGAUUUAUCUGCUGCCUUAACCGGAGAAAGGGAAACAUUUGAACUGAAAAUUAAAGACUCUAACGCUUCUUUAGAAACUCAAAAAGAGCAAUAUGAAGCAAAAAUAAAAGAUCAAUCUCAAUCUUCGGAGGCAAAAAUAAAUGAAUUGACUGCUGCAUUAGAUGCUCAAAGGAAACAGCAUGAUGAUCAACUUAAACAAUAUAAUGCUUUAUUGUCUACGAAACAAGAAUUUGAAAUUGCAUUGAGAGAACGUGACUCAAUUAUUUCUAAACUUCAAAGUGAUAUCAGCAGUGUUGCAAGUGAAAAAGGAAAAUUAAGUCAAGUUGUAAAAGAAUUGGAGGAAACUAUCAAAUCUAAAUCGACCACAGUUGAACAAAAAGAGGAUAAAGUUGGUAAAUUAGAGAGUGAAAUUUCCAGUAUAAAGAAUCAACUUUCUAAUUUAUCAAUUAGCGCACAUGUUACAACUCCGCUCUCAGAUCCAGGUAAUCGUUCUAAUAGUAAAUCAUCAAAUUUGACUGAUGAGGCUUCUUCAGACCCUCUAAUUGGACCACAUGUUCCACCAUUCCAAGCUGGUGGUCAACAACCGCCACCAUCUGGUGGUGGAUAUGUGUACCAAGCACAAUAUGGAAAUUAUGGUCCACAACCACAAUUCUAUCAAGGUCAACAACAGUUUUAUAGUCCGGGACAAUCACCAUAUGGCUACCAGCAACAACCCAUUUAUGGGCAGCAAGGACCACCUUCAGGUUAUCAAUCAGGUUAUCAGCAACAGCAACAGCAACCUUACGGGCAACAAGGUUCAUUUGUUGGUGGAUUCAUGCUUCCCGACGAUGCUCCUCCAGCAUAUGAUGGUCCUAAAGAUGGUUUUAAAGAUGAUAAAAAAGAAAAGAGCUAG